AUGACCAAGGCCGGGAUGUCGCCAAAGCAAUUCAUGGUGACUUUCAUGUCAUCAAACCAUCCUACAGUUGUAUAUCGCCGACGUUUGAUGAAGGCCGGAAUGGGUGUCAAGUCAAGUCAAUCUAUAAUCAGAAAUUUUGGGAAAAUGAUGUCAUCUACUGAUGACGGCCAAAGCCAUUGGGAGUCGCUCAUAUUAGAAGAGGCGUCCGCAAUUGUUAACAAGCAGGAAGGCCCACGUGGUUUUUUUCCAAAUGGAAUGUAUGUUAGCUCAAACCGUAUCAACCCUGACUUCUUCAGCGAGAGUGCCGAAGCGUAUCGCGAGAAUCAAGUGCGCACCGGGAUGAGCUUCUUGCACAACCUCAUCCGCCUCAAACUAGGUCUGCACGAGCAGGUGGACGACGGACAGGUCGACGAAACCUUGGACUCUACUGCCUCAAAUCCAAAUGAUCCUGCAACUGUGCAUGAUGAAGCUGUUGACGAAGCCAUGGUCUUAUCGAUGGAAAAUAUGAUUUGUGUGAAGCCAAAUUCGACCGACCUAGCUGCCCACAAGGUUAAUAGGCUCCCGGUGAUGAUCUGUGCGAUGAUUGCGUUUGCUGCCAAUCGACGAUGCAACGCCAUUCCCCUAGCAAAUGGCCUAAUGGCCAUAGCUGGUGGGGUGUCCUGCCGAGUCAACGAAUGGCUCCACAGCUGUGGUUUAACUGCGUCGCGCCCAAGUAUCCUACAAGCGAUGGAUCAUCUAAGACUUCUACAAGAGUCCCGGAUGAUGGAACUAUUUAAAAUUAAUCACAAGAUCAUGCCAAUCUUAUCACAGAUUGGAUUGGAUAAGGACAAGUAUGCGGAGAAGAUAUUAGUUGCGGGAGGCGACGUUGGAUCAAAUCAAUUACUUGAAAGCUUGCGCAUGAAGCGAUUUCCGCCCAUAGACAAGGUGGAAGGGCUUGAUUGGGUGCUUUCCGUCUUUGGCGGGGCACACACAACGUGGAAUUUCUUGAAGGCUAUCUGGGCUCAUCACUGGGGGAAUUCAGACAUAGGAGACGAUUCGGGGGUGUGGAGGUCUUCGUUUGCAUUAGGUGGCGAUUACAAGAAACCGGUGGCAUUGCAGGACUUCAACUGCAUUAUGCGAUCGCUCCAACAGGUUCAUAAGGCAAACCUGGUAUUCAUUCUCAGGUGA